AUGACCGCGGCCGUCGCCGCCUCCGUCGAGGCUGACGCCGUGGUGCCGACGGUGGUGGCGCUGCAUGCCGCGGUGGCCCUGGCGUACGGGGCCCUGCUGCUGGCGCUCAGCGAGGCGCCUGGCCUGGACACGGCCAAGGGCGCCUUCCCGCAGCCGGUCAUGCUGGGCUUCUUCUCGGUGUGCGGGGUGGGCAUGCUCAGCAGCGCCCUGGAGCUGGUCUGGGGAGAGGCGCCUUCCACGCGGCUGCUGCUGGGCGGGGAGUCCGGGAUGCGGCUGAAGGCGGCCCUCGCUGUGACGUUCGGACUCGCGAACCGGCUCAGCACCAGGUGGAUCAAGCACUACAUCGUGCUGCCCGCCAGUCUGGCAAUUCAGCUCCUGCUGUUCUACGCCGGUGUCGCCCUCACCUCUGACCUCGAGCAAGCCCGCGCCGACGGCUGGCUCUGGCAGCCCUUCCCGCCGCUACGGCUGGACGGGCUGCAGGUGGCCAAGGUGGACUGGGGCGUCGUCGCAGGUCAGUCUGCCUCCAUCGCGUCCCUGCUCGUGAUGCUCGUGCUCGACUUGCUGACGACGCUGCUGCCCAUCGAGCUGAUGACUCCCGAGAAGUCGACGAGGAUGAGAUCGGAGUUCCGCAUCACCGGCUGCGCUUCGGCCUUGUCUGGUGCCGCGCUGGGGUCUGUCAGCUACGUCUCCCUCUCCCCGACGCGCAUGAAUGUGGAGGCGGGAGGGGUCCACCGGGUCAGCGGGCUCGCGUCCGCGGCCAUAUGCGGCCUGUGGAUGCUCUUUGGGAUGCCUCUCACCGCCCUGGUCCCGAAGGUGGUGGUGGGCGGCCUGCUGAUGCACCUGGCCUUCGGCUAUCUGCUGGAUGGACUCUGGGAGUCCAGGGCUCUGCUUUCGACCGGGGAGCACGCGGUGGUGCUUUCCAUCCUCCUGUACUACUUCGCCACAGACUUGGCGCCUGCGAUCAUAAUGGGUUUCGUCCUCUGCUGUUUCAGCUUCGUCCUCCGCUACUCCCAGAGUAGCGCGCUGAGCCUGGUGACGUCGGCGCGGGACGCGUCGAUGUACUCGCACUGCCCGCGCUCCAGCGAGGACAAGAGGUACCUCCGCACCCACGACGAGAUCGUCGUGGCCCGCACCAGCUGCUCGCACCUGUUCUUCGGCAGCAUCGCGUCGAUCUUGGCCGACCUCUCGCCGAUGCUGAGCGGCGGCAGGUUCCGCUUCCUGCUCUUCGACUUCUCCAGCGUCCGCAGCCUCGACUCCUCGGCGCUGGUGGGCUUCCGGAAGCUGCCGGCCGGCCUGCAGGUGGUCGCCGUCGGCCUGAGGCCCGACCUGGAGGAGAAGGUGCGCCGCGCGGGGCUGCCGGUGUGCGCGUUCGGGAGCCUCGACGAGGGCCUCGAGUGGUGCGAGGACCGCCUGCUGGGGUUUGCACACCUGCAGGCCGGGCGCGCGGUCGACGCGCGGAGUCUGCUGCUGGCCCCGCAGUCGAACAACCCGCGGGCCCCCGGGCGGGACUGCCCGCCCCUGACGCGCGAAGAGAUCGCCGCGGCACUGGCCAGGGCCUUCCGGGACAGUGGGCUGGAGUCCCUGGUGGACUUCUUCCAGCCAGUCUCCGCGAAGCGGCACGAGGUCGUCUUCGAGGAGGGCGAUGCGGCCGAGGGCAUGUUCGUGAUCGUGUCUGGCGCCCUGCAGGUCUACUACGGCAGCCACCGCAGCCUCAUCCUGGGGCAAGGCGAGGUCGUCCUGGACGGGCUCGUGAAGCGCCGCUUCGGCCGCAAGGCCACGCUCUCCGGGGGCCCCGAGCAGCUGGGGGGCGGUCGUGGCCGUUCGCUGGCUCCAGGCAGCGUCGUGUGCGAAGCGGCGCUGUUCGUGCCGCACCGCCACGGGUGGUCCCUCGUGGCCACCUCGCUGUCGCAGCUCCUGCUACUGACGCGCGAUAGGCUGCUGGCCCUCGAGCAGCAGCAGCCCCGCGCCGCGCUACGGCUGCACCGGGCCCUGCUGGUGCUGCAGCACGCCUCCGCGGGCGGCGGUCCCGCCGACGAUCGCCAGGACUGCCUGUCGCCACCCGCGCGGCAGCGGCUGUUCUCGGUGUGA